AUGAGUAUGUCGUAUAAUAACGAUAAUCAGUAUUACGACCAGGGUAAUGAUGGCUAUUACCAGGACCAACCUCAAGGUGGUCAUGGUGGUCAAGCUGUCCCCCAGGGUCAACCUCAAGGUGGUUACGAAGACCAAUACUAUGAUCAAUCUCAACAACAAUACCAACAUACUGGUCAACACGGAGGUGUUGUAGCUGGUCAAGGAGGGUAUGAUAUGAUUGACCCUAAUGUUGCUGGUUACCAAGAUCAAUAUUAUCAGGGUGGUGCACCAGGUUAUGGCCAACAACCAAGUGGUGGUUAUAAUGCUGAUCCAGAAGCUUUCAGUGAUUUCAGUUAUGGCCAACAAGGUGGAAUUCCUGGCCAAGGAAUGGCUGCUGGUGUUGGUGCUCCGGGCCAACAAACUCCUGGUACCUCUGCUUAUGAUCAAUAUGGAACCCAAUAUACUCCAUCUCAGAUGAGUUAUGCCGGUGCUAGAUCUUCUGGUGCUUCUACUCCUAUCUAUGGUGGCCAGCCAGGUCACAUGCCAGGACAACCAGGUAUGCCUGGUAGUCAAUAUGAAUUCCAAAUGACCUCUAACUUGCCAUAUCCUGCUUGGACUGCUGAUCCUCAAGCUCCAAUCAAGGUUGAACAUAUCGAAGAUAUCUUUAUCGACUUGACUAAUAAGUUUGGUUUUCAAAGAGAAUCAAUGAGAAAUAUGUUUGAUUACUUUAUGACAUUAUUAGAUUCAAGAGCUUCUCGUAUGUCACCUGCUCAAGCAUUGUUGAGUUUACACGCUGACUACAUUGGCGGUGAAAAUGCCAACUAUAAAAAAUGGUACUUUGCUUCUCAACAAGAUUUAGAUGACACUUUAGGUUUUGCCAACAUGGAGUUGGGUAAAAUUGGUCGUAAGGCAAGAAAGGCUAAGAAGAAGUCAAAGAAGGCAAGAAAGGCUAUGGAAGAACACGGUCAAGAUGUCGAUGCUUUGGCCAACGAAUUGGAAGGUGACUACUCUUUGGAAGCUGCUGAAAUUAGAUGGAAGGCUAAGAUGAACGUCUUGGCACCUGAAGAAAGAGUCAGAGACAUUGCCUUGUACUUGUUGUUAUGGGGUGAAGCCAAUCAAGUCAGAUUUACCCCUGAAUGUUUAUGUUACAUCUAUAAGUCUGCUAUGGACUACUUGUUGUCUCCUCAAUGUCAACAAAGACAAGAACCUGUACCAGAAGGAGAUUAUUUGAACAGAGUUAUUACACCAUUAUACAGAUUCUUGAGAUCUCAAGUUUACGAAGUCUAUGAAGGUAGAUUUGUAAAGAGAGAAAAGGAUCACAACAGUAUCAUUGGUUAUGAUGAUGUCAAUCAGUUAUUCUGGUACCCUGAAGGUAUUUCUCGUAUUAUGUUUGAAGAUGGUACAAGAUUAGUUGACAUACCUCAAGAAGAAAGAUACCUUAAAUUGGGUGAAGUUGAAUGGAGAAAUGUUUUCUUCAAGACUUAUAAGGAAAUUAGAACCUGGUUACAUUUUAUCACAAACUUCAACAGAAUUUGGAUUAUCCAUUGUUGUGUCUACUGGAUGUAUACUGCUUACAACUCCCCUACCUUAUAUACUCAGCAUUAUGAUCAGACAGUCAACCAACAACCAGUUGCAUCUUCCAGAUGGGCUUCUGCUGCUAUUGCUGGUGUCAUUGCUUGUUUGAUUCAAAUCUGGGCCACUGUAUGUGAAUGGAUGUUUGUCCCAAGAGAAUGGGCAGGUGCUCAACAUUUGUCCAGAAGAUUGAUGUUCCUUACCCUUAUAUUUAUUGCCAAUUUGGCUCCAGUUGUUUUCACAUUCUACUGGGCUGGUUUGUCCGCUAUUUCUAAGUCAGCGCAUGCUGUUUCCAUCGUUGGUUUCUUCAUUGCUGUUGCUACAAUCGUUUUCUUUGCUGUUAUGCCUUUGGGUGGUCUUUUCACUUCAUACUUGAACAAGAGAUCAAGAAAGUACAUGUCUUCCCAUGCUUUCACUGCCAAUUUUUACAAGUUGUCUGGUUUGGACAUGUGGAUGUCAUACUUGUUGUGGUUCCUUGUCUUUUUGGCCAAGUUUGCUGAAUCUUAUUUCUUUUUGACAUUGUCAUUGAGAGAUCCUAUCAGAAACUUGUCUGAAAUGACCAUGAGAUGUACUGGUGAAAUUUGGUGGGGUACUAAAUUAUGUGCUCAUCAAAGUAAGAUUGUCUUGGGUUUGAUGUACGCUGUUGAUUUGUUGUUGUUCUUCUUGGAUACUUACAUGUGGUACAUUAUCUGUAACUGUAUCUUCUCCAUUGGAAGAUCUUUCUACUUGGGUAUUUCCAUUUUGACCCCAUGGAGAAAUAUCUUCACUAGAUUACCAAAGAGAAUUUACUCCAAGAUUUUGGCUACUACCGAAAUGGAAAUCAAGUACAAGCCAAAGGUUUUGAUUUCUCAAAUAUGGAAUGCUAUUGUUAUUUCUAUGUACAGAGAACAUUUGUUGGCCAUUGAUCAUGUUCAAAAGUUGUUGUACCAUCAAGUUAGAUCUGAAGUUGAGGGUAAAAGAACUUUAAGAGCUCCUACUUUCUUUGUCUCUCAAGAUGAUAACAACUUUGAAACGGAGUUUUUCCCAAGAAACUCUGAAGCUGAAAGAAGAAUUAGUUUCUUUGCUCAAUCAUUGGCUACUCCUAUUCCUGAACCAUUGCCAGUCGACAACAUGCCUACCUUUACUGUUUUCACUCCUCAUUACUCUGAAAAGAUUUUACUUUCUUUGAGAGAAAUCAUUAGAGAAGAUGAUCAAUUCUCAAGAGUUACUCUUUUGGAAUACUUGAAGCAAUUGCAUCCUGUUGAAUGGGAAUGUUUUGUUAAGGACACUAAGAUUUUGGCUGAAGAAACUGCGGCAUACGAAAACGGUGAAGAUCCUGAAAAGGGUUCAAGUGAAGAUGGUUUGAAAUCCAAGAUUGAUGACUUACCAUUCUACUGUAUUGGUUUCAAGUCUGCUGCUCCUGAAUACACUUUGAGAACAAGGAUCUGGGCUUCUUUGAGAUCCCAAACUUUGUAUAGAACUGUCUCUGGUUUCAUGAACUACGCUAGAGCCAUCAAGUUGUUAUACCGUGUUGAAAACCCUGAAUUGGUCCAAUAUUUUGGUGGUGACCCAGAAGGUUUGGAAAUAGCUUUGGAAAGAAUGGCUAGAAGAAAGUUUAGAUUUGUUGUUUCUAUGCAAAGAUUGGCCAAGUUUAAAGAUGAUGAAAUGGAAAAUGCCGAGUUCUUGUUAAGAGCUUACCCUGACUUGCAAAUUGCCUUUUUGGAUGAAGAACCCGCUUUGAAUGAAAACGAAGAACCUCGUGUCUACUCUGCAUUGAUUGAUGGUCAUUGUGAAUUAUUAGAAAAUGGUAGACGUCGUCCGAAGUUUAGAGUUCAAUUGUCUGGUAAUCCAAUUUUGGGUGAUGGUAAAUCUGAUAACCAAAACCAUGCUGUUAUUUUCCACAGAGGUGAAUAUAUUCAAUUAAUUGAUGCUAACCAAGACAAUUAUUUGGAAGAAUGUUUGAAGAUUAGAUCUGUUUUGGCUGAAUUUGAAGAAUUGAAUGUUGAACACGUUAACCCUUACGCUCCUAACUUGAAGUCCGAUAAAAAGGAUCAAGUUGCCCCUGUUGCCAUUUUGGGUGCCAGAGAAUACAUUUUCUCUGAAAACUCUGGUGUUUUAGGUGACGUCGCUGCUGGUAAGGAACAAACUUUCGGUACUUUGUUUGCUAGAACGUUGGCUCAAAUUGGUGGUAAGUUACAUUAUGGUCAUCCUGAUUUCUUGAAUGCUACUUAUAUGUUAACCAGAGGUGGUGUUUCUAAGGCUCAAAAGGGUUUACAUUUGAACGAAGAUAUUUAUGCUGGUAUGAAUGCCAUGUUAAGAGGUGGUAGAAUCAAGCAUUGUGAAUACUAUCAAUGUGGUAAAGGUAGAGAUAUGGGUUUUGGAUCCAUUUUGAAUUUCACCACUAAAAUUGGUGCUGGUAUGGGUGAACAAAUGUUAUCAAGAGAAUACUAUUACUUAUCUACCCAGUUACCUUUGGAUAGAUUCUUAUCGUUCUACUACGGUCAUCCUGGUUUCCAUAUCAAUAAUCUUUUCAUUCAAUUAUCUUUACAAGUUUUCAUUUUGGUUUUAGCCAACUUGUCUUCUUUGGCCCAUGAAGCUAUUGCAUGUUCUUACAAUAAGAAUGUUCCUGUCACCGAUAAACUUUAUCCAUUCGGUUGUUACAACAUUGAUCCUGCUGUGGACUGGGUCAGACGUUAUACGUUGUCUAUUUUCAUUGUUUUCUUCAUUGCCUUUAUUCCAUUGGUUGUUCAAGAAUUGAUUGAACGUGGGUUAUGGAAAGCUGCUUCCAGAUUCUGUCGUCACUUUGUUUCCUUAUCACCAAUGUUUGAAGUUUUCACUGCUCAAAUUUAUUCGUCAUCUAUCUCCAUGGAUUUAACUGUUGGUGGUGCUCGUUAUAUCUCUACGGGUAGAGGUUUUGCCACCUCGAGAAUCCCAUUCUCUAUUUUAUACUCGAGAUUUGCCGACUCUUCGAUUUACAUGGGUGCUAGAUUAAUGUUGAUUUUGUUAUUUGGAACUGUUGCUAAAUGGCAAGCACCUUUGUUGUGGUUCUGGGCCUCAUUAUCUUCAUUGAUUAUGUCCCCAUUUGUUUUUAACCCACAUCAAUUUGCUUGGGAAGAUUUCUUUAUUGAUUACAGAGAUUUCAUUAGAUGGUUGUCAAGAGGUAACACUAAAUGGCAUAGAAACUCUUGGAUUGGUUAUGUUAGAUUAUCUAGAUCUAGAAUCACUGGUUUCAAGAGGGUUUUAACCGGUGACAUUUCAGAAAAGUCUGCUGGUGAUGCUUCUAGAGCUCAUAGAUCUAACAUUCUUUUCGCUGAUUUGAUUCCUACUGGGUUAUAUACUGCUGGUUUAUUUGUUGCUUACACUUUUAUCAAUGCUCAAACCGGUGUUACCAAGUAUGACUUUAGUGAGUCCUUUCAACCCGAUGUUAUUGAAGUUAACUCUGCCUUGAGAGUUAUUAUAUGUGCUUUAAUUCCAGUUGCUGUCGAUGCCGGUGCUCUUGCAGUUUGUGUGGGUAUGGCUUGUUGUAUGGGCCCUAUUUUGGGUAUGUGUUGUAAGAAGACUGGUGCAGUUUUGGCUGGUGUUGCUCAUGGUGUUUCUGUUAUUGUUCACAUUAUCAUGUUUAUUGUCAUGUGGGUAUUGGAAGGUUUCAAUUUUGCUAGAUGUGUCCUCGGUUUGGCUACUAUGAUCUACAUUGAAAGAUUCCUUUACAAACUUUUGACUGUUCUUUGUUUGACUAGAGAAUUCAAGAACGAUAAGGCCAACACUGCCUUCUGGACCGGUAAAUGGUAUGGUAGUGGUAUGGGAUGGAUGGCCUUUACUCAACCUUCAAGAGAAUUUGUUGCUAAGAUUUGUGAAAUGGGAGAGUUUGCUGGUGAUUUCAUUUUGGCCCAUAUCAUUUUGAUUGUUCAAUUACCAAUUUUGUUUAUUCCAUUGAUUGAUAGAUGGCAUUCUAUGAUGUUAUUCUGGUUGAAGCCUUCAAGAUUGAUUAGACCUCCAAUCUACUCUUUGAAACAAGCCAGAUUAAGAAAGAGAAUGGUUAGAAAGUACUGCACCUUAUACUUUGUUAUUUUGGCAUUAUUUGUUGCCAUUAUUGCUGGACCUGCUGUUGCUGGUGGUAGAUUGAAGCCAGAUAUGUUUUGGUCGUUGACUUCCAAAUCGGGUAUCACCAAGGGUUUAUUCCAACCAAGAAAGGCUAACAACAACGAUACUGGUACUAACAGACCUUCUGGAUACACUUGGGUUUACAUGAGUUUCACCCCAACAAAUACUCAUUCGUACACCACUAAAGCAUAG